AUGCUCCUGCGACUGAUCUCGCUAGUACUUUUUCCAGUCGCUGUGUCACAGCUGUUUGGACCAAACUGUGGAUGUAUACGACCAAUUGUAUUCGAAUUACCAACUCCACCCAAGGAUGACCCGACACCUUGUCCAGGAACUUGCAAUCCGUGUGGCCGUAAGAAGCGACAGAUCAGCGUGGUGCCGGAACCUGUUAACAGCGAAGAUCGCAAAUGUAAUAAUGAACAACUGAGGGAGAUUAUCUUGAAUGCUCUCGAAAGAAAUCCCAGCCAAGCCAAGUCAGUCAUUCACUCGGAGGUGCAAGCUAUACUUGACGGUAAUUGGGUGGUGAUGUGUGCUCAAAAACCAGUGUCAUUCAUCACACAAAGUCAACGGUACUGUAUGGAUGGACACAAUGGCACGUGGUGUUACGCUUUUCAAUCAGAUUAUUGGCUCUGA